AUGCCAAACCCCGGCCCCGGCCCCCAACUCCCCCCCACCCCGCCACCCUCCCGGCCCCGGAGCCUGAUCGCCCGCGAGGAGCGGGCUCCACCCCGCCUGCGAAGACGCCGCGCUCCCCAGCGCUCCGGAGGCACCAUGAGCAGGAGAAGCAGAGUGGUGAAGGCGGCCAUCGAGGCUACAGAGUCAGAAGCCAAGGCCGGGCCUGUGACAUUCCGGAGCCCACGAGACCCUGCCCCACCCAUCACACCCCUGACCACGCUGGACAGCUCCUCCUCUUCAGGGUCUCACCAUGCCUACACACAGGAGGUGUCUGGGAGACAGUUCAAGGGCAAGCGGGAGGGUCAGGCUCAGGCCUCUGGGAUCGCCUCGGGCGCUCUCUUAAAGAUGCUAACGUCGCAGCUGACAUUUGGGAGAUCCUGGCAGGCGAUCAAACCCAAGCUGAAAAAUCGGAGCUGCCGGGCGGGGGCAGGCACCAGGCAGCGGGGACCGGGGCUGGUUGGGGCCGAGGGCAACGGGCUCAGGCGGCCGCUGCUGGCUAAGUCUGUGCUUUCCGACUGGCCCAGUACGGCCCUGGUCCCCGCACGGCCCCCCAGCCUGUCCCCGUGGAAGGGGAGGGGGACCCUGCCUCCCCCAGGCACCCUGGUCCGCCCCGUGCACCCUCAGGACAGCACCCCUCCGAUGCCAGCAACGCUGCCUGCUGGGGAAGGCCAGCCUGUCCUCGGCAGCCCUGAGAGGGCAAGACGGGACACAGCCUCUGUGCCCACCCCUCGGGGAGUGGACCUACGCCUGCAGAAGCAUGCGCACAAGAGAAGGCACUGCAGCCACGAGACAGAGCGGGGCCGCCCCCAUAGAAACCUGGAAGUGACAUGA